AUGAUGAGACAGCCGAUCGACAAGGUGUCUCUGGAGCGCUAUCUCGAGGUGCACGUCCCCGAGAUCAAGGUCCCGAUCCAGAUCCGACAGUUCGAAUAUGGCCAAUCCAACCCGACCUACCAACUGACCGACAGCCACGGCCAGCACUUCGUGCUGCGCAAGAAGCCGCCGGGCAAACUGCUCACGACGGCGGCGCACCAGGUCGAACGCGAGUACCGCGUCAUCAGCGCGCUCAACACCACCGACAUCCCGGUUCCCAAAGCAUACUGUCUGUGCGAGGACAGCUCCGUGGUCGGCACGCCCUUUUACGUCAUGGAGUUCCUCGACGGCCGGAUCUUCCAGGAGGCGUGUAUUCCGGGUGUGUCGCCGGAGGAGAGGAGUAUCAUGUGGAAAGAAGCCGUGCAGACCCUCGCCCGCCUCCACCGCGUCGACCCGGCGUCGGUCGGCCUGACCAACUUCGGCCAACCGCGCGGGUUCUACGCGCGGCAGAUCCGGACCCUCAAGAAACUCGACGCGUCGUACUCGCAGGUGGUCGACGUCGAGACCCGCGAGCCCGUCGGCCGCAUCCCGGCCAUGGACGAGAUGGUGGCCUUCUUCGAGGACGAGAGCCGUCGGCCCCAGGACCGCGGCGCCAUCACGCACGGCGACUACAAGAUCGACAACUUGGUGUUUCACAAGACGAAGCCGGUCAUUAUUGGGAUUCUCGACUGGGAGAUCGCAACGGUGGGCCACCCGCUGUCCGACCUGAGCAACAUGACGAUGCCGUGGCUGGUGACACAGAACUUCGCGGAGAUCAAGACGCACUCGCACCCGGCGUUCCGGGGCGGCGACGCGGGCCCACCAGGCCUCCCGACCAAAGAGCAGUGUCUGGCGUGGUACCGGGACGUGGCCGGCUGGGAUCCCCGUGGGGACAGCGGGGGCGACAUGGCGUGGGCCGACGCCUUCGCGCUGUUCCGCACCAGCGUCAUGAUUCAGGGCAUCGCCGCGCGCUGGGCCGUGCGUCAGGCCAGCGGCGAGGGCGAGUCGGCGGCCGCGUUGGCGCUACAGAGGUUCCCGUACGCGCGUGCGGCGUUGAAGAUGGUCAGGGAGUUCACGGCCGCCCCCAACGAGAAAGGGGGGGACAACAAUAAGGCUGCUGUCGUGGUGGGGUCACGGUUAUGA